AUGAAACUGAACCAUUGAAAUAUAGCGGUAACUCUCGCUCAUAGCGUUCCUUGCAUUGGUAACAGAACAUCACCGCCAUGGAAGAUUCAGGAGCGAUUCUCUCUCACAUUUCAUCUCUGAAGGAAAUGCUUGACCAGGUCAACGAAGAAAUCGAAGCUCAUAUUCAGGUCACACGAGAGAUCGAAUCCAGCAUCGUCAAAUGCGAGGAGAUGGAGAGCCAUUUUGCAACUAAGGAAGCUGAAUUGAUCGCAACCAGUGCCGGUUUGCAGUUCGACACUGUUGGAUAUGUAACCGUUGCUGCUGAUUUCAAGGCAUCAGUGAAUAGUUUGGAGAAUGAGCUCUAUUGUCUUAAAAUCAAGCGGGAUGACAUGGUUAAAAGAACGGAUGUAAAACGGGAAGAAUUUACAGCACUAUGCCAAAAAUUUCAAAGAGAAAUUGAUAAGAGGGAAAAUUUUAAAGUGAGGACUUUGUUGUCUGAGAAAUAUUCACUUGAAAAUGAAAUUCAAGUUUUGGAUGACAAGAAUUGUGUUUUGAAAAAUUCGGUAUUGGCAUUUGUAGAGGAAAUCCUUGAAGAUCUUCACAGUUCAAACUCAGCAUUGGAAUGUGAUAUACAGAGCAAGAAGUGGGAAAAUGAGAGAUUGCUUAAAGAUAUCGAUGAAUUGAAGGCUAUACUGCAUUCAACAAUUGGGACCAACGAUAAUCUACUGUAAAUUCCUUUCUAUAAACAAACUUUAAUUCAUAUACCUGAAGUUUAUUGGUCAGUUUUGCUAAAUUUGGUCAUUAAAAGUAAGAUGGACAGUUAUAUUUGUUUGUAAAUGAUGCUAUAAAAAAUCUUAACAGUUAUC